CGAAUGCUUGUGUGUUUUGGCUGCAUCAUCAUCAUUUGGCUCUCUUCUGACUCGAAUCAUCUCCUGGCCACGACUUAAGUGCAAACCGUGACAAUGGACAGCUACGGUCUCCCUAUGAGCUUUGGCAAGAAAUCCAAGACAGGUCCAGUCAAUCUUCAGUCCAAAGUAGAGAAGACGAAGAGAGAUAGUGCACCUGUGGCUCCUUCUCCUGCUACGCCGGUGGUCAAGGUUGAGGAGGAUUCUUCACCUGAACCUGGACCAUCUGUUCCUAAGGCACACCUUACUGUGCAGCCUAGCGUCGCGGGAGUUGAGGAGGAGGGAGGAGAAGAAGGAGAACAAGAAGAACAGGGGGAAGACAUUGGACCUCUCCCGCCUACCAAUGGAGAGAAGAGGAAAGCCGACGGAGCUCCUGAGGAGGAGGUUGGAGAAGAAAACAGUGAUGAAGAUGAAGAUGAGGAUGAUGAUGGAGAUGAGGGCGAUCCAAUACCAAUCUCACAUGAGAUCGUACUGAAGGACCAUAAAAAGGUGGUCUCUGCCAUCGCUGUAGACCCAUCAGGUGCUAGGAUAGCUUCUGGCUCUCAUGAUUACGAUACCAAGUUGUGGGACUUUGGGGGUAUGGACGCUCGCUUAAGACCGUUCAAGACCUUUGAAGCCAAUGGAAACUAUCAUGUCCAUGAUAUCGAUUUCUCACCUGAUGGUCAGCACAUACUUGUCAUAUCAGGAACUGUUCAGCCGAAAGUAUUCGACAAGAAUGGUGAGAACGAGAUAGAGUUCGUCAAGGGAGAUGUCUACUUGCGCGACAUGAAUCAUACAAAAGGGCAUACGGCUGAGAUCAACGGCGGCUCAUGGCAUCCAACGGACAAAAAUAGAUUCUUAACAUGUUCAAAUGACUCGACGUUGAGGAUAUGGGACGUGACGGACAAAUGGAAGCAGAAGCAAGUCAUCGUCGUCAAAUCUAAAGAACGUGGAGCGAGGACUCGAGUCACGGCCUGUGCCUGGAGCUCGGAUGGGAAGUACAUCGCCGGAGCUUGCCUUGACGGAUCUAUACACGUCUGGGACACCACCAAGAACUUUGCCCGCCCUGAUCGGUCUGGGGAGAAUGCCCAUGGCAAGAAUACAGAGACGACUGGUAUAGUGUUUAGUCGGGACGGUCAGAGGUUAGCAACGAGAGGAGGAGAUGAUACUGUGAAAUUAUGGGAUCCUCGAAAUCUUCGUAAACCGUUGGCUGUGGCUUCAAACCUUGCCAACAGAUACCCUGAGACCAACCUCAUAUACUCGCCCGACGGCAGAUAUAUUUUGACGGGAGUCCCGCCCGCCAGCAAGGGAGAAAAGGGGGCGAUCGUCUUCCUCAAUGCUGAGGAUUUACAAGAAGAGAGAAGAGUACCGGUGGGAGAGGGUACUGUGGUCAGAAUAUUGUGGCAUUCGAGGAUGAACCAGAUCCUCGCCACGUUGUCCACCGGUGCGAUCUACGUCCUCUACUCGCCUAGAUUAUCGAUCCACGGAGCUCUACUGCCACUCGCCAAGAUGCCUCGAACGGCUCCUCGAGACCUUUCGUUCUCCGUCGCAGAUCUCAAACCUGUCAUUUACGCUCCAGACGCGUUGCCAGUGUUUGCAGAUCAAAAGUAUGGCGAGUCACUGCAUCAAAGAGAGAAACGAGCCAAGAAGAUGAAACCCACGGAACCCAUCACUGGUGUAGGAAGAGGAGGACGAGUCGGACAGAGCGCUACGGCUACGAUGGUUCAGGCCCUGUUUCCUAAUCGUAUUGAUCUCAAUGAGGAUCCUCGAGAGGCGUUGCUCAAGUAUGCCACGAAGAAAGACGAGGAGAAGAAGAAGGACUAGAGGUCUCCGUGAUCACUUGUAUAGGACGGGCACCGAUGAGUUCGCAGUGUUAUGCCAUCUCAUGCAUGAUGUCCUCCCUUGGACAGAGCGAGUGACUAGAGCUCUCUGAUAAUCGUUGGGUUAUGACGU